AUGAGGUACGGCCGAGAUGUGAACAGUGCCGACGCCUCCAACUCCUCUGCGGAUGGAAACCGCGACUCUAUUUUCGCCACGACACAGCGCGCAUCCUUCGCCAGCAUUCCAACGUCAACAAAUUCAGCUGCCGUGUUUGGCGUCUCGACAGUGCUUUGGAAAUCCUCCCUGGCCAUCGUGACAGCUCUCCGAGCUUCAAUGCGUGCCACAGCACUGAGCAGACCAGACACCAAGCCAGCCCUGACAAUGCUGUAUCGCCAAUCGCCAAAGAGAGACCAAGUCCUGUGUCCCUUUUCACCAACUUCAAACAUAUCACAAGCGUCAAAACAUCCCGUCGCUGUGCCGUGUGGAGAGCCCCAUGAAUCAGACCCAAACGUCCACAUGGUCCGGACGAGCAACGACAUGCACGCCUUUCUGAGUCUGGAAUCCGAAGGCUGGACGCGAUCCCAGGCCUCCUCCCACAGUCCGGCCGUGCGACCAAAACGCGGCGAUGGAUCGCGUGGUCUUGUCCGCGCAGUGGCGAAGGGAAAUGAACCAUCGCUCUUGGCCGACUAUGGAGCUCGCAUCUGGCGGGAACUGACGCGGACGACGGCCGAACACCUCAUCUCUUACCGGUGCAAGUGA